GGAUGCGCCGGAAGCUGCCUGAGUACGGAGCGCCGUGGGCUUUGGUGGAGUGCCUCACCUCGGGGUGACGGCUGGUUCACUCGGUGCAGGGGCCCCGCCCCUCCUCCGGGACUGGAGGUGACCGAGGCUUCCAUCGCUGUCCGAGGGCGGCAGCCUUCCAUGGGUGUCCACAGGCCGCGGCGCGGACCGCGGAAGUAGCGGGAGACUGUCCUGCUGUGGGAGCGAUGGCCGCGGGGAAGCCUCAGCCCCUGCCGGGCCACGGAGGACCGUUCGAGGUGUGGCGGCUGCCUGCUGAGGGACGCUGCGCGCCCUGCCGCUACCUGAGGAACUUGAAAUGCCACAGCAUACAAAAAUAAAUACAGGUCACAUAGACUGAGAAUUAGCAUUUCGAGCUGUCAGUUUCACAGGCCUGUUUAUUGGAAAUAAACAGAAAACAAGGUAAAUUUUUCCAUAACCUUAUGGAGAAAAAGGACUUUGAAGCAUGGCUUGAUAACAUUUCUAUUACAUUUCUUUCUCUGACGGACUUGCAGAAAAAUGAAACUCUGGAUCACCUGAUUAGCUUGAGUGGAGCAGUCCAGCUCAGGCACCUCUCCAAUAAUCUAGAGAUUCUUCUCAAGAGGGACUUCCUCAAACUUCUUCCAUUGGAACUUAGUUUUUAUCUGUUAAAAUGGCUUGAUCCUCACACCUUACUCACAUGUUGCCUCGUCUCUAAGCAGUGGAAUAAGGUUAUAAGUGCCUGUACAGAGGUGUGGCAAACCGCAUGUAAGAAUUUGGGUUGGCAAAUAGAUGACUCUGUUCAGGAUCCUCUGCAUUGGAAGAAGGUUUACCUAAAGGCUAUUUUAAGGAUGAAGCAACUGAAGGACCACGAAGCUUUUGAGACAUCCUCUUUAAUUGGACACAGUGCCAGAGUGUAUGCACUUUACUAUAAAGAUGGUCUUCUGUGCACAGGAUCAGAUGACUUGUCUGCAAAACUGUGGGAUGUAAGCACAGGUCAAUGCAUCUAUGGUAUCCAGACACACACUUGUGCCACAGUGAAGUUUGAUGAACAAAAACUUGUAACGGGCUCUUUUGAUAACACAGUAGCCUGCUGGGAAUGGAGCUCUGGGGCAAAAACACAGCAUUUCAGAGGACACACUGGUGCAGUUUUUAGUGUGGACUACAACGAUGAACUUGAUGUUCUUGUCAGUGGCUCUGCAGACUUCACUGUGAAAGUGUGGGCCUUAUCAACAGGAACGUGCCUGAAUACCCUUACUGGACAUACAGAAUGGGUCACUAAGGUAGUUUUGCAGAAGUGCAAAGUCAAAUCUCUUAUGCAUAGUCCUGGGGAUUAUAUUCUUUUAAGUGCAGAUAAGUAUGAAAUCAAGAUUUGGCCUAUUGGAAGGGAAAUAAACUGCAAGUGUUUAAAAACACUGUCUGUUUCUGAAGAUCGCAGCAUCUCUCUACAGCCCAGAUUGCACUUUGAUGGUAAAUACAUAGUGUGCAGUUCAGCACUAGGAUUAUACCAGUGGGAUUUUGCCAGCUAUGAUAUUGUCAGGGUUAUCAAGACUCCUGACUUCUCAAAUGUGUCCUUGCUGGGCUUUGGAGAGAUAUUUGCUCUACUGUUUGAUAAUAGAUACCUGUAUAUAAUAGACUUGAGGACAGAAGAACUGAUAAGCCGCUGGCCUCUACCAGAGUAUAGAAAAUCAAAGAGAGGCUCAAGUUUUUUGGCUGGUGAAAUGUCUUGGUUAAAUGGACUAAAUGGUCAAAAUGAUACAGGCUUGGUUUUUGCCACCAGUAUGCCAGACCACAGUAUCCAUUUGGUGUUAUGGAAAGAACAUGGAUGAAAAGAUUACAUAUGCAGAAUCUUCAGGAUUAUAUGGACUAUCAGCAAUGUGUCUAUCAAAUGAAACUUUGCAUGAACCAAAGUUGCACAUCUAAUGGUAUCAUCAUGCAAUGCACAAUCAUUUGAUUUUAUUUGGGCAUUUGGGAAAGGAUUGUUUUUGACAUAAUACAACAGAGCAUGCUAACAGUAUUCACCAUUAAAUUUGUCUUUAUUCAUGUUUAAGCGUACCUGUUUGGGCUCUGAAGCAUAGCUUGUGAAGUUAAAACUAUUCAGAUCCACCAUUAAGUCUAAAAUGAAGUAGUGCUUGACCACAUUUCUGCCUUUUUUUUUUUUUUUUUUUUUUUUUGUUGUUGUUGUUGUUGUUGUUGAAACAGAAGGUGGAGCUACUGUUUUAGAAUAGGCUUUUGUGCUUUUGUACGUACAAUACCAAAUACCGGUUACAGUGCAUGACUCCUUGCUCAACUUAAAUGAGAACAUAGUUGAUCUUUUCUCUCCCCAGUGCUGAUCUUCUAAAAAAGUUUUUUUCUUUAUGAUAGCUUUAAAUACUUAACCUUUGAAACUGAGCAAUCAACAGAGUUCUUUAACUAGAAUUGGAUGCUAACAAAAAUGAUUUGUUUAAGCUCAGAAAUGUGCCAAUACAGGCUCUCCUCAGUCAGUGAGCCAACUUUUCAUCUAUCUUACAGAGCUUGCCAAAGCAAUUAACCUUAGAGGUCCUCUGACAGUAUUCCGUCAUAUUUUCUGAUGGUUACCCCACUCAGAAUGGUUUGAUCGAUAUUUUUAUAGUCCACAUUUCUGAUUAUGUGACUUCAUUCACAGCUAGAUAGAAAUGAAAUGAAUUGGGUGAUGUUCAAUCCCUACAGCAAAAAUAAUUGCGUUAAAUGAUGCCUGCCAGCCAUACACUUAUUCAAAAAAGUUAAAAUUACUUUAAGUGAAUUAUUAUAUUAAUUGCUACAGCUACAUUUGAAAAAUGGGCAAAUGUGAAUGGCACAUCUUUAAAAAUAAAGUAUAAGAAAUAAAAUCGAAAAUUUGAAGAAAA